GCUCAUAACCCCCUCCCUCUAGCCUCGCCUCGCCUGCUCUUCCCACGCCCCCACUGUACCCCUUCCGCAUUCUCCUCUCCCGAUUUCGCCAUUCCUCUCCUCUAAUCCGCUCCGCGACACCGCACGCACGCGCGGCCCUUCUCCUCCGCUUCCGGCGACUCGAGGUUAGGGUUCCGGCGACUCGAGGCCUAGCCCUGCCCCCGGGCGAUCGCGGGUGAGAUCCAUGUCCACAGACCCGCCCCCGCUCCCUCCGCCGGCGCCGCCGCCGGGCGCGGUGGAUCCCGAGCCGCCCGCACCGCCCCUCGAGCCCCCUGAGGUGAUGCACAAGACGAGGACCGUUGACUUCCUCGGCCGCCGCACCCCCAUCGUCUACCAGAACGACAACGGCCCGUGCCCGCUCCUCGCCAUCUGCAACGUGUUGCUAUUGAAGAAUGUGAUCAACCUGGACCCGGAUGCUGGCGAGGUGUCGCAGCCGAAGCUGCUCUCGCUCGUAGCUGACCGCCUCAUUCUAUCCGACAGCAGUAUGCAGGGCAAGGACGAGGAGUAUGUCCGUAACUGGGAGCACAAUAUCUCAGACGCUAUAGACCUUCUCCCGCGUCUUACCACCGGCAUCGACGUGAAUGUGAUGUUCAGAAAGGUUGACGACUUUGAGUUCACCAGAGAGCGCGCCAUAUUUGACCUUCUGGAUAUCCCGUUAUACCACGGAUGGAUAGUGGAUCCUCAGGAUACUGACACUGCUACGGCCAUUGGAUCCAAGUCAUACAAUGCUCUUGCUUCUGGGCUUGCUGAAUUUAAGUCAGGGAAACCAACAGAAGAGGAUAAACAUGUUAUGGCGGAAGAAACUGUUGAUUUUGCUGCUGCAACAGCAGCAGCAUUAGGGGUUCCUUCACCUAGUGUUUCUCGAGAGAUGUCAUUUGAUGAAAAUACACUCGCAGGUUCAGCUGAACUGCAAAUAAGACGAGGCGAUCGUGAGGAGGACGAGGAACUAAGGAGAGUCCUCAGUCUAUCUAAAGCUGAAAGUGCGGGUGCUGUUGAUGGAUCUGUUUCCUUCAGCACUUCACAGAAUCAUUCAUCUUCCAAUAUGGAGGAAACAACACAUAGUGAGAGCUUUGGAUUAGAGGCACCUGAGGUGGUAGGACUGGCAAAUAAGGAGGAACAUGGCAGCCAUGCUUUGAUUCAUGGUCCUAUAUUACAGAAUGCAAAUUCUGUUGCUAAUGUUAGCAAAUUUGAGUCUUCAGAAUCCAAACAAGCUUCGGUGUCUAAAGAAAUAGAGGAUGACGGGAAAAGAGAUAUGUUAGCAGAGCACUCUGAUAUACCUGUUCUAUCUUCAGAAUCUUCUCUUGCUUGCCCUCCUCGUGACUCUUUUGUUACCGAUGACCAACCUGCUGCUCCUGCUUCUGAUCUCAGUGAAGCUAAUAAAGAAACCUGCCCUGAUCUUGCUGAAGCUAAUAAAGAGACCUGCAAAGAGCAUUCUGCUAUGCAAAUUCAUGAACCCCAGGCUACUAGUGCUGAGACCAGCUGUGACUCAGCAACUGUAACUAGUCAAACUACUACUAGUUCUGCUAGACCAGAGUUGGAUGAGAAAAUUGAUUCUUUAGAUGCUCCUGAGCUUGUCUCUUCAAGUAUUCAGGGAAGUGAGCCAAUCUAUCAAGGAGAAGAACACAUACUUGGCUCUGCAAACAUGGCAUAUCAAAAUCAAGAGCCGGUGUAUGAGGGUGAGGUGGUUCUUGCUGAACAGGCUGACAAUGACAAGACUGGGGAAAGUAGUGAAUGCUUGGAAAAUGGGGCUGCGGACCAUCAAUGGGACCUGAUUGAUAAUUUUCUACAGAACACAGCUAACCAGCUGACUGUCUAUGGUUUGUUCUGUCUACAAGAGGGUCUUAAGGAAAGAGAGCUAUGUGUUUUCUUCCGUAAUAACCACUUCAAUACUAUGUUCAAGUACAAUGGAAGUCUAUAUCUCUUAGCAACUGAUCAGGGUUUUUUCAGCCAAAUUGAUUUGGUAUGGCAAAAGUUGGAUGAGGUGAAUGGAGAUGGUGUUUUUCUCACUAGUAACUUCACACCAUUUAAGGCUGAAACUCCCAGAAAUGAUUCCUGGAAUGAACAGCAAGCCAUGACGACUACUGCUGACUAUCUUUCUCAAUUUGACAAUUCCACUCUGCCAAACUCAUCUGGAAACUCUGAUCUAGAGCUAGCUAUAGCACUUCAACAACAGGAGUUUGAACGGCAACCUCAACGACAGCAGCCUCCACCACAGCAGCAGUCACAGCAACAACAGCAGCAGCAACAGACGCAGCAGACAUCCAAUCAAUCAUAUGGCGCAGGCCGGCCAGCCCUUGUUGUUGGUCCAAGGCAAAGGACGAGUGCCCCACCACCGGCAAGAAGCGAGUCGAAGAAAGACAAGUGCAUUGUGAUGUAAAGAUAUCCCGGGAACAGAAAAAAGGAACAGACAAGAAGCACCAUAUAUAUACUGUAUAAAAAAGAACUUCUUGUCUCGUGCAACGGCGCGGCAUAAAGCUGAUUUCCCCUCUUCAUUUGUCUUCUUUGUUUUCUUUCCCUGGUGUAAAUAACCUCUCAGCAAACAUAUAAACAGACCUUGUCGAUUGACAACCC